AUAAUUAGGGUUACGACCACAAAAAAAAACGCGAACAAAUCCCCCAUACCAUUUCGACGAAGAAGAGAGAGAGAGAGAGAGAGGGGGGAGAGAGAGAGACGGGGUCCCCUUUUCCCCUCUCCUCGCUUCGCAUCGUUGCCGCUUCAAUGGAUUCCGAGCUCCGCAUCCCUUGAAAGAUCCCGAUCAUCCGAUCCUUUAACCCUAAACCUUGUUCAAUCCCUCGAAGUUUGUGUAAUUUCCUAGAUUAUUCCCCCUCGCCGUCCGCGUACGUGUCGAUUGGUGUGCACGUUCGAUUUUCAGGGUUUAACUUAGUACCGCUGCGUUAUUCUUCUUUGGUAAAGGCGCCGCUUUUAUUCUUUUGAUCGAGUUCGGCGGAUGUUUGUUGGGUUUGUUGAUUAAUUUGCUUGGUCGUUUUUGGGAUAUAACAUCUAAGUAGGGGCGAAUCCUAGGAUGGAGGAGACCGCGAAGAUGGAGAGCCACUUGUCGUCGGCCGCCGCCUUUGUCGAAGGGGGCAUUCAAGAUGCCUGUGAUGAUGCUUGCAGCAUUUGUCUCGAAGAGUUCUGCGAGAGUGAUCCCUCAACGGUGACUAGUUGCAAGCAUGAGUUUCAUCUGCAAUGCAUUCUCGAAUGGUGCCAAAGGAGCUCCCAGUGCCCCAUGUGCUGGCGGCCCAUCAGCUUGAAGGACCCUGGCAGCCAAGAACUACUUGAGGCUGUCGAAGAAGAAAGAAGUUUUAGGGUCAACCGAUCACGAACUGCUACCAUUAUUCAUCAUCCAGUGCUGGGUGAUUUUGAACUGCAGCAUUUACCGGUAGGGGCAGAUGAUGCUGAAUUUGAAGAGCGUAUUAUUCAGCACUUGGCUGCUGCAGCUGCAAUGCGCAGAACAUCUCACACUGCUAGGAGAGAGGGCCAUCGUGGUAGAUCAUCAGCAGUUCAUGGUCGCCCACAACUCCUUGUCUUCUCAGCACAUCAAAAUGCUCCUUCUGUUGGUUCAGUCUCUGCAUCUUCGGCUCGAAGUGAAAAUGAGCCAGUCCCCACUAUAGUUGCUGAUAAUCCAUCAGCUUCUUUUGCUGCGGUGGAAGAGGGUUCACCACAUGAAGCUUCGCCAAUAAACUCUGCUCCAGUUGAUCCAGCUGCAGCCUCUCCAUCCAUGAAUAGUGCUACUUUUGCUAGUAACAGGAGUUCUGCUGGGCAAUUUUCUCCUGUAAGCCAAGAUAGAGCCGGACCAUCCGACCUGCAUUCCUUUUCAGAGUCUUUAAAGUCUCGCCUGAAUGCAGUCUCAAUCAGAUACAAAGACUCUAUAACAAAGAGUACAAGAGGAUGGAGAGACAGACUGUUUUCUCGGAACAGUGUUAUAUCUGACUUUGGUUCUGAAGUCAGGAGAGAGGUCAAUGCAGGAAUUGCUACUGUGUCACGCAUGAUGGACCGGCUUGAAACGAGAGAUAAUGUUGGACCAUAUACGGCUUCUACUCCGCUAGGCAGUCAAAUUCAUUCUGCCAGGGAGGCAAGUAAUGAGAGAGUUACAUCAAAUAGCACUGCUCUUCUAAACAAUGCUACUCCAUCUGCUUCUUGUGCUGCAAGUUCUGCUCCAAAAUAAGCUAGGCAUAAUCUUCAGCAGUUAAUGUCGAAUAUACAUAAAUGCUUCACCGUGGAUGCCUCGGAGGUGCAUCUGGCUGCUGGAUAAGUUAUAACGAGCUUUCUUAAAAGAUUCUUUGUUUGUUUUUGUAACCUAUGGAUUAUGGACUGAUAAAUAUGUUUGUAAGUAGCACGUGGCAUAUAUAAUGCUUACUAAGAUAUUACCUAUGACUUUUAUAGAAUAACUUAUGGAACUAAUAACACAAAUAUUAUCCUACUACAGAUCAUAGAAUUAUUUGAUGUAGAUGAAUGGCAGCACCUUGAAUGUUGCUUUUUUGUUUUUUAAUUUUAAUUCUCGACCUUCUGCAACAAUAGUCUGUGUUGCGCUGAA